AUGGACCUGAGUAGCAAGAGUCAGACAGCCCGAGAGCCAGAGUCCGAGAGCGAUAGCAGCAGCAUCCGAGAGAGCCCCAUGAGCGAGAGAGUGGUAGCCAUAUCCGACCGUCAGCCCCACAGGACAGAGAAGCUGCAGCCCCCCCAGGGUGACCUCCUCCAGGUGCUGCACGGUGAAGACGAGGUGCGGGGGGGCUUGGGCCGCCUGCAGGGUGGGCAGUGGGGACCCUACCCCACCAAGGGCGCUGCCCCACACAGGAAUUUCACAAACUGGGGGGAGACAAAAGCCUUUCUAAAAUGGAACGAGCAUCAGAUAAUUCGUAUUCUUCAGGAUGCCGUCCUGACAAGCCACCGGCAGCGCUGGAGGAGGACAGCAGAGUACGACCUGACCCUGCCACCGGCAGCGGAAGCUUCCCUACCGCUGACAGGAGGCAACCUGUGCGGGACACCCAGCCUCCUGAGGAAGAUGUGGAUGAAGCACAAGAAGAAGUCAGAGUACCUAGGGGCAACAAACAGUGCCUUUGAGGCAGACUGA